AUGUAUUAUUCUGGUAAAUUACUGUGGAUCGUUUCAUUAUAUCUUUCCACAUUAUUAUCCCUAACAAAUUGCUAUACGAUUACGGUGGAUGCACACGCCGAAGAAUGCUUUUUCGAAAAUGUUGAGGCUGAUACUAAAAUCGGAUUAACAUUCGAAAUCGCUGAAGGUGGUUUCCUAGAUAUAGACGUAAAGAUCACAGGACCAAAUGGAGAGGUGAUAUACCGCGGGGACCGAGAGACUUCUGGCAUGUACACAUUCUCAGCGACCACUUCAGGCAGAUAUACUUACUGUUUCAGCAACCAAAUGUCUACAAUGACUCCAAAGGUUGUUAUGUUUAACCUGGAGGUAGGCGAUGCACCAAAUAAAAAUACUGGGGAAAAAGAGGAAGAAGCUAACCACAAUAAGUUAGAGGAUAUGAUUAAAGAGCUCAGCACAACCUUGAAGACUGUCAAACAUGAACAGGAAUAUAUGCAGGUUCGUGAUCGCAUCCACAGAGAAAUCAAUGAGAGCACAAACUCCCGUGUGGUCAUGUGGUCUAUUUUCGAGGCUUCAGUGUUACUUGUGAUGACCCUCGGACAAGUCUACUACCUCAAGAGGUUCUUUGAAGUUCAAAGGGUUGUCUAA